CCAUGCUACGUUGUAUAAUAUAGCGAAUUGUCGAUUUCUCAUGCAGAUCCUGUGCUUUUUUUGUGGAGUUUUCUGUUUUCAUCAUCGUCUCUUGCAGAAGUAAAACCAAUACAAGCACCUGCGUUGUUCUGUAACUUUUCUGUAGCGUUUUCGACCGUGGUGUUUGCACAAUAGGAAACUUAGUGUGAGAAUAUGCUAGUGUGAAUAUUGGCGUUUCUUACUUGCUGAUUGUUUCUCAAAAUUACGACAUGCACUUGGAAUUUGUUGGAGAACGUUCUGAGAUUGCGAUGCAUGGUUUUUCUUGUGUCCAAAAAGGCGUUUAUUACACUUUACUAACCACCUUUUGUCCUUUUUUGUUUAAUUUUAGUGCAGCGAUGAUUUAGUUUAUUGAGGGUGAGAUUAUAAAAUAAUGCUGUGACAGCUUGCAGUUUUUAAUGGGCUUGAAUGUUGUUUUUGAAUGUUGAUGAUCUCGUCUGCAUUCUGCAAUAAUGUGGUACAGGUACGCAUCUUGCCAUAUCCACUAAUCCGAGCUCGCAAAAUUUCAAUGCCGUAAUAUAUUGUUUAUUUUGGUUUCGUCUUAAGCAUUUGUGCUGACUGCUGAUGCUGAGCAAGAUUUCUGCGCUCUAUGCCGGCAGCCUGCCGUGAAUAAUUACAAUGAAAUCAAGCAGAACCAAGCCGUCAUCGCUUCCAUCAAGCAGUACUCAGCCGUCGACUACAAGAAAUGCUAAUCCCCUCAGCAGCAGCACUGCAUCGUCAAAUUUAUCCUCAUCGUUGCGUAGUGCAGCUCUAUCGACGACAUUCUCCCGAUCGCGUUUGAAUCUCGGUUCUACAACCGGAUUAGGCAGGCGUAGUCCUCUGCUGAACGCCAAGCCGAAGCGCACACUCCCUAAUUCGGCUGUGUCUGGAAAAGUGGAUCAUGCAAAACCAAUGAAGAAGCAUUUCCUUAGCAAAAGCAACGACAGUUUGUCUGGGGCCAGCAGUGCAGUGGCUAAAAAGACCAAAGCCAGUGCGCCAAUUCCGACUGCGGUGCCGUCGAGGGGAAUUCGUCAUCCGGCUGUCUCGAUCAAGCAGAAAGAUAAGGGAACAACUCUUGUGGAAGAAAAAGGCAGCGAAAACAGUCCCCGCACGUUCCAGACGACAAAUGCAGAAGCCGUGGCACAGGAAAUACGCCGUUCGGUCAGCAGUAAUUGCCUCGACAUGACUGCUAGUGCGGCAACAGCGUCAAGCGAUAAUCAACAGCGCUUAUCGCCGACGAACGUCAAUUGUCUCGGCGAGACAAUGCCAACGAUAUCGGUGCUUAAUUCGAAUUUUGCGUUGGCCCCGUCACGGCCCGGAAUUACUUUGACGGCGACUGGUACGCAAACAGAUUUAUCGUUCUGUGAAAAAGGCGAUGCACGGAAUAGUAUUAUUUCUUGUGGAAAAUUUGUUGAUGGAUGCCGCUUAAAAAUGAGCCAUGAUUCGAUUAAUACGGACUUUGAGAAUUUGCUUGAAGAAAAUUUACUCGUCUCCCGGCAGAUAUCGGAGUUAUGCAAAGUAGAAAGUGCAACGGGAAUUGAUGAGUCAAACAGUGACGCAGAUAUGAUGGAUCGGGAUAGUCUCGGCAAGCCGGUGGAAUGGGAUUCGCAGAGUAACGCCAGUCUGUGUAGUGAGCCAUCGUUGGCUUGUCUGCAGGACAGAAUCCAGCAGAUGGAAGAGACUCAUCACUCAACAGCUGAGGAACUGCAGGCAACGCUGCAGGAAUUGGCUGAUAUGGGUGAUUUGGCAGCAGCAUAUAAGAAGGAGAAUGAGGAUUUGGCACAGGAAAAAAAUAUGUUACAGGACGCUUUAUGUACUAUGACCGAAAAGGUUCACGUAUAUCAAAGUCAGGCAGAAUCGCUUAAAAAAUUAUUAUAUCGGCAAGCUGUGGGUGACGAAAACUGCAGUCCUGAUGGCAUGGAAGGCGUGAACGAAAAGGAAAAAACGUUGGUUGAAUUGAUUAAGAGCAUACAGGAGGAAAAAGAGGAAAUGCAUCAUCAAGUGGAAUCUGCGCUGGAACAGAAUAAUAAAUUUGCUCAAGAAGUGGAAGAUGCUCACUCCAAAAUACAGACACUGGACAACUAUUGCGAUCAAGUGGAGCAACAAAAACAAGAAGCCGAAGUACAAUUAGCCAAGACUCGAGAGUCUAUUAAAAAGAACGAGUUGGAUAUAGCUCGUUUAACCGCCUUAUUAGACGCAGAAAAAAGCCGUGUUGUUGAACUGCAAAUGAUGACCAAGGCGCCCGCCGCUAAAACUGAUAUGGAGGAAUUGCUCAGUACCGUUCGUAGCGAAAAGGAAAGAGCUGAUGCACAACUGGCAGAUGCUAAUAGUCGUAUUUUAUCCUUAGAGUGCGAUAUUCAAGGGCUCAAGGAAGCGGUUCGUGUUGCGGAUGAACAGAGAAGCACUGCAGAGAAAAGUUUUAAUGAUACUGUGCACGAUUACGAACAUCAGUUGUGCGCGAGAGACAACGAUUUAAAAGCUUUGUCCGAUGAACUGAACCAAGCCAGAAAGGAACACGAUGUGAUAGAGUUAAACUUGCGAAAUUUGGAGCUCAGUCGAGCGGAAGCUGUCGAGCAGUUCCAGAAUAUUCAAAACUUGUUCUCCCAGGAACAGCGUGACUGGAGUCAUUUUCAAGAUGAUCUUCUGACAGCAGUACGCGUGGCUAACGAUUUUCGCACCGAGUGUGAACUUAAAGCAAAAACCGUUAUGGAAGAAAAUCAGCAGCUCAGGCGGAAAAUUGACGAUCUAUCAAAUGAACUGAAACGAUUAAAAACUGCUAAAAGCAGCACGCCGGCCUCUCCUUUGAAAUCUACUGAUCAAGGGCAUGAAAUUCGUUCGCGAAUCGAUUUGAUUUCUCAGUUGCGAUCUCCCAGUGAUAAAGAUCCUACGAUCGCCACAAAACCUUUACGUACCCCUCCUAAUCAGAGCGUCUCGGUGAAAAGUCUGGUCCAAAAUAUGGAAAGUAACCUCAUCGGCUCUGCAGCGCGUAGCAUUCCGCGUUUUGCCGUUGUGGCAAAAGCUGUUGGGAUUCGCAAGCGGGACGAAAAUAUUGCUCGAUCUGAAAGUAAUUCUUCCUUGGACUCUACGGACAAGGUGUUAGAUUUUGAUAAAAAUUUGGAUGAUGAACCGAGCAUGCCGGGUGAUGGAUUGAAGCCAAUUAUCAGUAGUAAACGGAAUAGUAUUGUGGCCGAAGGAAAAAGUGAUUUCAAGGCCGAUCCUUUAAGCAGUCUGGUUAAAGGAAAAGGAUCAAAACGUAAUGCAUUGCUCAAGUUCUGCCAGGAGAAGACAUUGGGUUACUCGGGAAUAGAUAUUACAAAUUUUAGCAGUUCUUGGAACGAUGGACUUGCAUUUUGUGCGCUUUUGCAUUCAUACCUCCCUGAUCGAAUUCCUUACAAAGAACUGGACAGCAAGGACAAAAGGCGUAAUUUUUCGCUGGCUUUCGGGGCGGCCAAAAGUGUGGGUAUACCGCAGAAACUGGACAUUAGUGAUCUGCUGUCUGAUGAUAGGCCCGACUGGAGAGCCGUCAUGGAUUACGUAAUCUCAAUUUACAAACAUUUCGAAACUUGCUCGAUGUAGUAUUAAAUCGGUAUCGAAAUCUCUUUGGGUGACCGGCGAUGCAAGUGACCACACAUUCUGGCAUGGUUGAUUGUUCGUACCAUAAGAGGAUCGGAUCCGUUGGUCAGUAUGCUCGUUUCGUCGUUAGCCGGAUAUGGAUACUGUCAACGAAAUUGUUGUAUUUGCUGGGUACAUGUGUUAUGAUCUCUAAUAAUUUUGGUUUGUUGAUUUGUUUGUAUUUGUGACCGUGAGUCGUCGUGCGUUUUUGUGAAACGGAUGGAUCGAUUGACUCGAUUAUCGUUCUGGUCGGUUUGUCCACCGGAAGUUAUGCUCAACUCAUUUUACAGUCUUGUUAAUUUGCAACACGUACCGCGUGCAGCUGUAUUAUGUACUUGCAGUGGUUACUGUUUAUAUGAUAAUGAUCUUUAGUUUUUGGACGAUAUUGACGACCAUUAACGAUUAAAAUAAUAUUUGAACUGGAAUA